AUGCCGGAGAAGUGCGGAGGCAUUCCAGCAGCCAUUCAGCUAACUGGUCUGCCCCCUCCUUCGCCCUCCUCCUGUGCAGCGAUGGUGACCAAUCAGGGGUCGCUACUGGCUGGGACACACCUCCAGCGCAAUACCGGGGCAAGGCAACAGAUGGCAAAUGCGCAUCAGCGCCUUGCUCACAGCAAAAAGUUGGGGUGGGUGCAGGGAUUCCCCAAGAGGAACAUUGGAUUUGUCAACAACCGGACUAUCUGUUAUCCUUGUGGCAAUUACAUCAUUUUUAUUAAUAUCGACACAAAGGACAGGUCAAUCUUGCGGUGUCAGCAUGGAAAUAUAGGAGCCUUUGCAGUGAAUGCAAACCAGAAUGUUGUUGCCUUUUCUGAUCGGCAGCUGCAUCCUACAAUCUAUAUCCACAAUUUCCCAGGACUGAAGAAAGUGGCCAAAUUAAAAGGACAAGCCAGCCUGGACUACAGCUUGCUCGCAUUCAGUUAUGCAAGUCCUUACCUAGCCAGUUACUCCUCACUCCCAGAAUUUUCCCUUUCAAUAUGGGACUGGCACAAGAAAGUUCUCUUGUGUAGUCAGUCACUGGCAGGGGUAGAAGUGUCUGCAAUGAGUUUUAAUCCUAUGAGCUGGCACCAGUUGUGUUUGUGUAACGGGACUUCUGUUACUAUUUGGAUUAUUGAAAGAAAUAACGAAGAGCACAUUUUAAAGUCAAAGCCAGUCAAGCUUCCUGGUGAAGACGGAUCUUUAACAGAUGAACAAAACAGCUUCUUCUCCCAUCCUAAUGUCACUGACCCUUAUUUUGGUCCUGUGCUGCCCAAUUCAGCCAUUGCUGGCCUAAUAGGGAAUGAAGCAGAAACAUUUAAGCCUAAAGAUGAUAUUCAACCCUGUGUUCACCCUACUGUCCAUUGCUGGACGCCAACCUCUGAUCUCUAUAUGGGCUGUGAAGAAGGAUAUCUCUUGAAAAUUCCUGCCGACACAUUCAAAACUGUUACUGUCAAUCAAAAGCUUUCACCAGAUGCUAAAGCGAAGAAACGGGCAACUUUUCGAUCGUUGUCACACAGUUCCAUGAAAGCGGACGCUGAAGGAAGGAUGGAAGCUCAAAAUGUGAUCCUGCUCGCCAUGGCACUUCAUAAGGACGGACUGUUUGCAGCUGGAAGUGAUGGUUUUGUGCGUUGUUACAAAUUCAAAGGCACAAGUUUUCAGGUGGAAGAUUGCUUGGAAAUGGAGGAACCUAUAAUAAAUCUGAUCUUCUCCCCUGAUUACAUUUACUUAUUAGUAGAAACAGAAAAGGGAUCACUUUGUAUCUUUAAUCCUAAUGGCUAUGAAUUUGUUUCCCUGUUACUGGAUGCAAGUAUAAGCAAGUUCGUAGCAGCUGAUUUUAUUGUUCCAGGAACCAAGUACUGCGCAUCCGUAGCCGAAUCAGGAGAGGUGCAUGUUUGGCAAUUGGAUGAUGGCGCUUGUAUCAGCAAGCUAAAGCUACACACCUUGGUCACAGCAAUGGCUUGUAGCCUAUCUUCUCAUUGUCUCGCAGUGGGAACUAAAAAUGGCCAAGUCUGCUUCAUAGAUCUUACUGAUGUUGAAUCUCCUAGGGUGGUUCAUCAGGUUCUCCUUUCCGACGCUCCUGUGCAAUUUUUGCACUAUGAACAAAGUGGCCAGUUUCUCAUAACAUCAACUACAGAUGGAAAUAUCUUUAUUUUAAAUGCUAUACCCUCAACGUUUUUUCAAGUCCUCGGAUGUGUAGCACUGAGCAGUGAGAUUGUUGACCUAACUUCACUGUAUGAUAUAGAGAAAGAUUCAUCUGAAGUAAUUGCACUCCUUUGUCCGCCAGAGACCAAAAGAGCAAGAGUGGAGAUAUUUAAUCUUCCUGAAAAGAUUGUUUUGGAGAAUGAGGAGUGCAUCACGGAAAGAGGAAUGUUGAAAGACAAUGUCAUUCGGAAGCAUUCAUAUGAAUUAGAAUUCCCCCUAACAUCUCUGGUCAUGAGGAAGGACGGCACAGUGUUUGGCUAUGCAAGCCAGGCACCUUUCAUCUGUAAAUAUCAUCUUUCCUCAAAGAUAUCCUGGAAAGACCAGCCAAUCACUGUUUCGGAGAAGAAGACACCCAGCAAACAGCUUGGACAGGCUUUCCUGCACUUGUCACCUCAUGGGAAGUGGUUAGCUUCAGCUGCAGAAAGUGGGCUAUUAUAUAUCCAUGAUGCUUCAAGUAUGGAUGUCCUGGCUCGAGAGCACUGCCAUUCAUAUAAUGGACGGGGAAUCAGAUCACUGGCAUUCUCAUUAGAUGGGCAACUUAUGCUUGUCAAUGGCAAGCAAGAUGGAGCACUUGUUUGUCUAAAAUGGAAGAAGCUUGGAGAGCGCAAGAUGAAGGAUGCAGUUGACUUUGGGAUGUAUCUUCUUACUGUGCUUAACAACUAUAUUUUUAGUGGAAACGCAUUUCUAAAGUCCAUGCCAGAGUGGGCGAUGAUAUCAAAACCCACAUAUGAAUUAUCCUUUGAGACUACUUCUCAGGUGAGGUUCCAUAUGGGAUCGACUAUUGAAAUGACAGAUCAAGAUGAAUACUAUCUUCUGACCCAAGCAAAAUCUGGUGAAACAUCAUGGUUAGGCCAAAAAGCAGUGAAGGCUAUCAAGGACGAGAGUAGCAAGUUUGCUGAAAAGAGAAAGGAAGUAAAAAAUGGAAUUAAAGAGCUCCGUAAAAAGAUUCAGGAAAUGAUGCUUGAAAAUUCAAAGGUACCUAAAAUUGAGAGACUGGACCAACAAGAGUUCAACCUGGACAUAGAAGAACAGGAGAAACAACAAAUGCACAGUGAAGCAGAAGUGGAAAGGGUAAGGAAGGAUAUAGAGAUGGAAAAUCUAGCCAAUUGCUAUUUACGUGAAAUCAUUAAACAGGCAUGUUGGGAUGCCAUGUCUGUUAAAGGGCGUUCAGUUAAGACCUUCCACUCGAAUUGUGAAGUUCAGAAUUUCCCCCUUAAAGAACGGAGUCCAGAAGAACAGCACAUGUUGGAGAGAGUUCUGUAUAUAAAGAAGAUUGAGUUGACAGAUCUGAAGCUUCGAAAGAAGAUUGUUGAAUUUGAGUCUCAACCUUCAUUUACUAAAGAGGAAGGAGAGAAAAUAGAAGAAGAAGAAGAAAAAGUAGAUGUUCUGGUGGGAAGCCUGAGUUUGCAGUAUGGUGGUGAUACAUCCAUUUUAUACCACCAACUGGACCUGCACACGCGGGAGGAGAAGAUCAGUCAGAUUAUAUUGCUACGGGACAUCAUUUACAAUGUGAAGAGUGCUUUUAAUAAGGACUUUGACUCAGUCACCCGAAUGAAAGAAAUGGAAAUUGCACGUGUGAAGGAGAGGAACAUGAGGAUCUCGGAGAUUUUGCAGCAGCUGGAGAUCCAGGAGGAGAUAUGGGUGCCAACUCUGACAGAUAACGAGAAACCAGAACGAGCACUGACAGUUCUAGAAUCAGAGAUCAAAGUGGAAAAGUACUUGACCCCAGUGCAGAAAGCGAAAGAAAAAAUUAUGGCUAGGAUUGAGUAUAAAAGACGGCUUGCUGCUCAGGGGGAGAAUGCAAGAGAGCGUGGCCUUAUGGACAUGAUGAAUGGAGUCCUUGAAAUAAAAGAAGAAGAUAUUUUGAAGAUGGAGAUUCCAGCACCUGCUUUUGCAUCAAAACAAGAAGCUCUCUGGAAUGAAGAUGAAAAAAAGAUAUAUAAAGAAUAUGAGAAGAAAGUUAAAGAACUGAAUGAAGAAAGGGAGAAACAUCGAAAGAUUCUAGAAACUGAAUUGAGGAAACUUCAAGGCACUAUUCAGGAAACUACACAAACAUUUGAUGAAAUCGUGAAUAGGCUCUUUGAGAAAAAGGUCAAGUGUGAAAUGGUUAUAUACCAGGAAGAACUCAAAAUAACUAACAUCCUUUACUCACUGCUCUUGGAUGAGGAACUGAGCACAAGAGAAGCUGGGCUCCAUCACUACCUUAAUAAAAAGAGAAAGGAAAAGACAUUAACUAAUGAAGCAGUGAAAGCAUCCAGAGCAGAAGUGGAAGCUUACCGAGAGUCUUAUGACAUCUUAAUUGCUGAAGACAGACUAAUGGAGCGUGGCUUUAGAAAGGAAUUUUCAGAUCUUCCUACUCAUCACAUUGAUCAAUUAUUCAAACUAUACAAACGUCGGCCAAGGGCUCUCAAGACAAAGAUUCAAGUUGAUGCCGCUAACCCUUAUGGUGAUCGGCCAGGCUCUGCUAGAGCCCAUCAGGAUGCUCUGACUCAUUUAAUGAAAACCAUUGAUGAAAUGGAUGAACCUGAAAACAGACCUGAGGGUCUUGACCUCGCCAACUGGGAACGUUUCUGUGCAGCUAGACGAAUCAAAGUGCAAAGUGAGCAGCUGGUGAAGCAAAAAGCACUGGCACUAGCAGAGAUACAAACCUUUCUUCAGAAGAGGAUUGAAGAUGAUGAGAAGUUACGGAAAGACAUUGAGCACAUUUUUGCCGAGCUCAAUCUGCUUCGAGAGCAGAAGAUGAGAUUUCAGUUAGAUUUGAUGGUCCAGUUUCUCUUUAAACAAGGGCAAGUGGAGCUAGAGGGAACCAACCUAAUACCAGAUUACACAGAUGCUAUUCUCAUCAACAGGAGCAUUAUUGAAGAACUGAACAGCGUUAUCCGGGCUCAAGGAGAAAGGAAAGUUGCUAGCAUGGUGGAAAGCAAAGAUUUCCGUAAAGGAAUCUUUCAACUGGAAUGGGAACAUAAAAAAAUGCAGAUGCAGGUGGAUGAUUUAAACCAAAAGGCUCGAGAUAUUCAAAAAUUGAAUGUUACAAAAGAUCACCAGCUUUUCUUAUCAGCAAUAAACUAUGAUAGCCGGAUGAAUCAUGAGGUCUCCGUAAUGGAAGGAACACUGAAUUUUCUAGACAAGGUUCACAAGAAAAAUAUGCAGCAGCGGCAAAAAGUCAUCAAAGAGUUGGAGAAGCAGAUAAGCCUGAAAGACCUAGCAAACCAGAAGCUUAGCAAGGAAUUACAAGAAAUGCUUGUUACUGUGUCAGAAAGGCGACACAUUCAUGAGGCUACUGACUCGGAGAUGCUUAAUCAAAAGAUCACUAAAGAGCACUAUGAGGACAUUGUACAGAGACAGCAGCUUGUGGAUCUUGCGAAAGCACAGGCCCAGGAGUUGUCCAUCCUUCAAGCUGAAGUGGAGAGGCUGAGAAUGAGAACAUUCCCAGCUUUCUUUGAUGUGCAAGACUUUUAACAUGAUGCCAUCAUAGCGAGAAGAAAUAAACAGCUUUGUGGAAAAGG